CACUUGAUUAAAGAGGAGGAAGGAAUGCCGCCUUUGGUUGGAGCUGAGCUGAUCCAGACGCCAGUCCAGCUCUAUCGAUAUCUCCUCAGAUGCUGCAGGCUGCUGCCGUCCACCGCAAUGCAGAAGCACUAUCAACAUGCCAUAAGACAGGGUUACAACAGCCACUCAGAUGAGAACGAUCCCGAGCGGAUACAGAUGAUGAUCCAGAGAGCUAUCACAGAUGCAGACUGGAUUCUAGAUAAAUAUACUAAGAAGAAG